AUGCUUGUCUGGAGCGCUUUGCUACAACGUGGCGAGGCGGCGCGCCGGCGACCCCAGGCGCAAGUGGCCCCAGAGUUGGCAUCCAUGGCGAGCAGCCUGCGCCAUCGGAAGGCCGCGGUCGCUCUGGGUGGAACGGUCCGCGCGAUGCCGGAGUGCAACGCUGGCGUCGUCACGCACCGGGAGGGCGCCACUGCCCUGUGGCUGGGUCGUCCGCGGAGCGCAGUCGGACCGGGGAACAAGAUGGGGGUCGGCUCGGGGAGGGGCAGGCGACUCGAGAUUCCGCUGCCUCGCCAGCUUACCGCCACGUUUUCCACGGGCGCAGCCCGAGACGGUCGAGGCGCGGCGAAGUCGGGAGCUGCGCAGGACAAAGACCGGGAGCCCGGGUUUCUCAAUGGGCUGGUGGGAUAUUUUUUGGGGCUCGCGGCUCCGAAGUGGCCGGCGGACACGGAGCGGAAGGCGUCGUCUAGCCGCAGCGGUUCCAUCACCUCCAUAUCGGGCGUCAUGAAGAAUCCUAUGUCGAGGUCGAGUGAGUCCACGUUUUCGUACAUCACCACUUCCAGCUCGCAGUCUGCGUCGAUCGGGGUGUCCGUGUACUUGGACACCCCGGGUUUCGGUAACCAGAGCAGGGUUUCGGUAACCGGGAACCUCGACAUCUUUACUUCGCUGAAGGUGUCCCAGUCCACCGCAAGCCUGAGGGCUCGAAAAGACAUCUCGGACGAGGCACCGGUUGGUUGGGGGCAGGCGUACUCCUCGAACCUCACGUGGGGCGUGGGGCCUGGGCGCUCCAACUCCGACUCGGCGUGCGACCCCAACCUGGCCAAGGAACAGACCAAGUUGGCGUGUUCUGACUCCGCAGAGGCGGCCUGCGACCUCUGGAAGGCGCAUGAGAUAGUGACGCCAGAGGCGCAUCUGCACCCAGGAGAAUCGAAGCUCCGCACCCGGGCGGCGGUCUCUGCGGGGGCCAAGGCUGGGUGCAGGACCGCGGCAGUCAUGCUCUUGCAGCUUUACGACCCGAUCUACACGGCCACGGGGCCCCUGGCGGCAACGUGGCUCUCCAGCGCCGCGAGACAUCGAGGGCGCCUCGGUCGAGGGCAUCCAGAGAUGGCAGCUCCCGAGGCCCGCAGGUGCGGCUGGGCAGUGGUGGCCCUCGGGCCCGACGGGUUCCCGCUGGAGGCUGCCUAUGGCCUGCUCCCAAGGGCAGUGCAAACGGCGAUUGAAGAGGGCAUCGGGUCGCUGGAUUGGCCGGACAACUGCUGGGCGGACUUCUUCGCCAACUUGGGGGCGGCGGAGAUCGAGCUGCCCAACGACGCCGCCGGUCCAUGCAGAGCUGCAGCGGGCGCUGGUCACGCCAAACUACAUCGGCUGGGCUGCGGCCAAGAUUUGAAGCUCAAGCGGAAGGUCGAGCCGAAGCUCUUUCCAGGCCAGCAGCUCAGCCUCACGCGCCACGAGUACCAGAAGGCGGGGGUAGACAGGGUCCAGUGCAUCCACUGUGGGAGGGGGGCCUACGCGGACAAGACUCGGUCCCUCCUGGACUGCAGGCCGUGCCAGCCCACGCGCCUUGGCCAGAUGCGAGCGGCAAAAAGCCAGAGCGUCCCUGGAGCGCAGUUGCUGGCGAGCUCAGAAGCGGUCAACCUGAGCAUGCAGUUGGCGGGCUUGGUGGAGACGCAAGCGGGGCAGAAGCACCCUGCGACAGCGGCGCUGGGGCCGGCGUCCUUGGGGGGGGAGGUGCAGCACCUCCUGGCAGCGGCCAAGGGGCCUGCGCUAGCCAAGGGCCCAGGCUCGGCGGGCAGGCCCCCGCGGUUCGCCAUGCAGGCGUGGGAAAGCUCGGGUGCCCUGGAAGACGUCCUCGCGCAGCUGGCGUCUUGGUGGAUCACGGACUUGGAGGACCAGAGCCAUGCGUAUGCGUGCUGGCUGCAGGAAUGCGUUGACUACGCCCACGUCGACCAAGCGCUGCAGCUGGAGGGCGAGGCGUUCAAGGUGCGGGUCCACCAGUUCCGUGGCUACUUGGUGGCGGGGCGGGCCUUCCUCUGCGACCGCGGCGAUGCCUUUCACGUGGGGGUGAGCCGCCAGCGCUUGUACGCAGCCCAGGGGGUGGGCUCUAUCGGGGUCCAAGCGACGGUCAAGGCGAUGGUCGGGCAGGCGUGGCAACGCAAGGCCACCGUCCAUGAGUCGAAUCUCCUCGCGCCCUCGGUCAAGAAAUGCGCGGCCUUCGUCGCGCUGCAGACCUGCGCCAACUUCGCGCGCAUUGCUCGGGGGGAAGCAGACGACGCGGUCGCCGUCCCCGAAUUUACCGGGAACCACGGAUGCGAGGACGAAGGCGAGGGCGAUGUGCGCGUCGAGGCAGCUGUGCUGCGCGCGCAGGCCGGCAUGGCAUCGCUGGGCUCGGACGUCCGAGUCGCCCACCAUUGCAGCGCCGAUCUGCCGCAGACAGUGCAGUCCUUCGCCGCGGCUGACCGGGCUGGGAGCUUUGUCGACGAACUCACGGAGGCAAAAGUCAUGGAGAGCGGGGGCCAUUCUCGGCCUCAGGGCCGCCGACGCGGAGCCGAUCAGCGGGCGACGCGCGUCAAGGGGAACGCCCUGGCGCGCUGCGAGGCGCGGCUGGGGCCGGACGGCCCCGGUGCCUCCGCCGUGGCAGUCAAGCGGGCGAACAGGCUCCGCAGCCAGGGCCACUGGGUGGGCAGGCCUGGGCCCGACGCCCGGAGGGCCACGCUGGCGCGCAGGCUGCGCAGGGAGCGUGCCCAGGCGCGGGGCGGAGACACGGCAGCGGCUGCAGCCACUGCAGCUGUGGCGGAGCUGGCUCCCCCGCAGGCCCCGGCGGCGGCCCUGGAGGUUCGCCUCGUGUGCCUCGGCAAGGCGCUGCUGCUGCUGCACCACGGGGCUGACGUCGCACUUAGCUGCCACAUGCAUCGCCUGGGCGAUGCGCUGCGCGCGGUGGCCACGACGCUGGACGUGGACAUGGGCUUCGUGCACUGGGGCAUGGAGAUCAAGGGCGACGGCGACAAGGCGAGGCACGAGCUGCUCGUCGCUGCGGACAUCACGGUGGAAGCCUGCGUCGCGGAGCCCGCGCUGGAGCUCAACGGCCAUGGGGCUCUGGCUGGGAAUGCGGCAGACGCCUGGGCUGCGCCGCGAUGCGGCGCCCUCUCGCCCGCCUUCGUCCUGGACGCCGCUGCGGUGCUGCUGACCGAGCUCGGCUUCUCGACCCACGAGGCCGAGACGACUGCACAGGCCGACGAUCGCGCGGACGGGCUCGUCGAGGAUGUGCUCGCCGACGACGCCAAGCUGAACGAGCUGGAGGCCCACGUGUCGGGGGACCAGCAGCAGAAGCCCGAGGCUCUCGGGUUCGUGCUGGACGACGUGGAGGAGCACGUCGACAAGAAGUGGCUCGGCACACUCCUGUUCCCUACUUGCAGCCCCCUGGUUCGGGACACUCCUGUUCCCUACUGCGACGGGGUGGUGGAGCAGCCGCCGUUCGAUGUGGAGGGCGAGGAGGACGCACCCCCACCCCUGGUGGAAAGCGAGAUCUUCUUCACCUACGACGACUUGGAGGCGAUGGCCGCCACAGAGACAAGGCCGCUGGGCAGUGUGAGACGGCUGUGGGCCAUGGCGUCGGGGCGGGCCGAGGACUCGCUAUGCUGA